AUUGCUGAGAAAAAUGAUCAGUUAUAAAUUACUGCAAAGGUACAAGACUCAUAUACCCCUAACCCAGGGGUGUAAGCAGGGGUGGACUGACAACUCAUGGGGCCCCUGGGCAAUAGGGGAUCAUGGGGCCCCUGUGUCCUUGCCCAAACUCAAAAAAGCCUAUGAAAAAUGUACCAGGGGCAUCUCAUGGGGCCCCCUACUGACCCCGGGCCCUCGGGCAGUGCCCGAGUUUCCAAAUGGUCAGUCCACCCCUGGGUGUAAG